GCAAAGGUAAAACCCACACAACUUUCAGAAGUCCGUUUCAGUUCUAAGAUGUCAGGUUUGUCUACCAUGGCACAGAUGGCGUUUGCUCCUCGCGCGUUCUUCCUCCUUUGCGGGAUCAUCGGCCUGACUGGAGUUUGGUCUUUGCCUGUCCAUGAAGAAGAAGACGGUUGCUGUCCUAAGGGCUGGACUCAGUUGGAUAAACGUUGUUUCAUCUACAAGGAGGAAGCGAGGAGCUUUUUAGAUGCAGAGAGCAUCUGCAACCUUCUCGGUGGGAAUCUGGUCUCCAUCCUAAGCAGUCUGGAAAAUGUGGUCGUGCUUGAAGUGAUUAAGUUGACGGCUGAUCCCGUUCCUGACACCUGGAUCGGACUCCAUCAGGCGCUAGAGACGGAGAACUUUCUCUGGACUGACGGCUCAGAGUUUGGUUUCGAUAAUUUUGCCCAAACUCUCAGUGCAGGAGAUUGUGCCGAGAUUGAAAGUGAUGAUGAACUCUGGGAUCUGGACGACUGUACUGAUGAAAACCCCUACGUUUGUGCCAGAGACAUUAAGUGCCCACACUGAUCAGUCUUCCUUUCCCACCACCCUGAUGACUCUUCUACAGGACGACCCCCACUUUAACGAUCUCUGGCUACUCAUUAGUAUUUUACACAGUCUGAUCGCUUUCUAAUUGAUUGCUGACAAACACGCAAGUUGAUGGUGCGUUGUGUCACAUUUAGGAACCUUGGCACACAAUCGGGGGAUUUGAUUCAACGUUACUCUUUUCAAUCUGAGGGGCAAAUGAAGUAUAUUUACUGCGAAGGCGGGGAAAAUGUGCAAAGGCUGCGGGUGUUUCCAUGAACAGAAAUAAAAUAAUAAAUCCAUCGGCGUCAUGGGGAAAAAACA